ACUGUCCAGCACAGCAGGGAUUUCAACACGGACAGAUAGCGCAAUGAAGAGCAGCGCCGACCCGUCAUCAUGUGCACCGGGCUUCCGAGGACUGCCUGUCCGCUGCGACUUAUUGCCCUCUGCAUCCUUCUCUCCCACGCAGCAGCCUAUUUCGGGCUUACAGGUCGCGAGCCUCUGGUUUUUCUGCCGGGUCCAUUUGCCAACGAGCCUACAAACGGUAAAGCGCACCUGAAGCAAUGCGAGCAGAUGACUCUGACGCGCCGGCAAAAGCGCCUGUGCCGUCGGGAACCAGGGCUGGCAGAGACUCUGCGAGAAUCUGUCCGCCUCAGCCUCCUCGAGUGCCGCUACCAGUUCCGCAACGAGCGCUGGAAUUGUAGUAUGGAUGGCCGUGGAAGUCUUUUAAAGCGAGGUUUUAAAGAGACGGCCUUCCUGCUUGCGGUGUCAUCUGCAGCAUUGUCUCACGCGCUUGCCAAAGCGUGCAGCUCUGGGCGCAUGGAGCGCUGCACCUGUGAUGAUUCCCCUGGCCUGCAGCACCGUGAGGCCUGGCAGUGGGGAGUAUGUGGGGACAAUCUGAAAUACAGCACCAAGUUCCUCAAGAAGUUUUUGGGGCAAAAGAGGGUCAGCAAGGACCUGCGCGCCCAGAUUGACGCACAUAACAUAAAUGUUGGAAUCCGGGCCGUGAAAAGUGGACUUAAGACUACUUGUAAGUGUCAUGGUGUUUCCGGUUCAUGUGCUGUAAGGACGUGCUGGAAGCAGCUCUCCCCGUUUCAAGACACAGGUCAUCUGUUGAAGUACCGCUAUGACACAGCUGUCAGAGUGCACAGCGUUACCAACUCUGCCACGGGGGAAACAGAACUGGCGGGCCCUCGCCGCCACAGCAUCACGCUUCCCCGACCCCGUCCCACUGAACUGGUGUUUCUGGAGGAGUCGCCCAGCUUCUGCAGGCCAUCCCGCUACUCGCCUGGGACUGCAGGCAGACCGUGCUCCAAGGACACCAGCUGCAGCAGCCUGUGCUGUGGACGGGGCUACAACACUGCCCUUCGCCUCACCACCCUCUCCUGCCACUGUCAGGUCCGCUGGUGCUGUCACGUUGAAUGUCAAACCUGUCUCAGAGAGGAGGAGGUCUAUACGUGCAAGAAACACUGAUUAACCUUGCAAGACACAGAGUGAGAGGGGAAGUAAACAGAGGCAAAUGAGUGGGACAUGGGGAGUGCUGAGAAUUGUGUAUGCAUCUACUAGUCAGCUAGAAGAAUUUGGAAGGGUUUGGAGGUUGUUGAGGAUGAUUUGCCAGCCUAACCUGAUUUAGAUGAGAUGGCUUAAUGGUCGAGUGUCACUUUCUGAAACUCUAGGCUCCUACAUGGAGCAGAUGCUUGACGGGAGACCAUGUUCAUUUAGUUUGAGCAAUCAGUGCUUGAACAAGCUGCUUAUCUAUGUCCCUCCUUCAACGUCUACCAGCCACGAAAGUCCUAUGUGGUGCUUGGGCCAAGACCCAGGCCUCGAAUCUCCAACAUAGACAGCAAAACAAAUAUGUAUACCUCCUCCUUCUCAUAUGAAGGAGUAUAUGAAACUCGUGCAACAAGUAUGAGCGAACUUGGACAUGGGGCCAAGAGCAUGCUUGAGAUUCUUUCAUGCGGUCAAAGAAAGAAAUAGGACAUUUCUUAUGUAUAUUUCCCAGCUUCUCAAAAGAGGUGCAAGUUUGAACCGGAACACAUUAUCGAUUUUUACCAACCUCAUGAUGAAGGCUGACUUUUGAACUGUUUUUAUUGAAUGCACACCCCUAUGGCAAUGGAUUAGCAGGCUGCAAUGUUUAACUAUACCGAAAGUAAUGUUCUGAAAGUGAGCACUUUUUUAAUGCUUGCUUGCAUUUCUCUACCUGCCUAUACUGUAUAUCUCUCUAUUGCUCUGAGAGUCCACAUAUGGCUUCAAAAUAUACUGAAAGUAUGAAGCACUUAA